AUGCCCCAUUACAACACCCCAGUCUACUACCCCAUCUCCUCCCCAUCCCACGGCCUACCAAGCGACGAAUACAAACACCUCAAACGCCAACAAGAAAAAUCCCAUCUACAACGUCACUUAUCCAAAAAGCACAUCCUCCCACCUCCUCCCUCCUCUUCCUCUUUCCCCUCCCCCUCCCCCUCCCCCUCUUACCCACCCUCCUCAUAUUCCUCUAACUCAUCUUUCCCCCCCACCCCUUCUUCCUCUUCUUCUUUCCCUUCCUCAUCGUACUCCUCCUCCUACCACCCCACGUCCCCAUACCCCCAAACCCCCUAUCAACAGCGCAAUUUGCCUCACGCCCAGCGCGUCCACAUCUCCGCGGUGAAAAAUGCAACAAGGAAGGCGCUAGCGUCUGUUUUCGAUGCGUAUGAUGCGUAUGAUGGUGUGUGUGAGGCGUGGCCGCGGAGCCGAUACGAUGGUAAUAAUAGUAAUAGUAAUGUGUAUGGAUGUGUUAGGUCGAGGGGAGAUGUGGAUGAGUAUUAUGAGAGGAGUAAAGGGAGGGGGGAGAAGAGGGGGAGUGGGGAGUCGAUGCGUGUGGGGUAUCAUAAUAUGGGUUAUGGUGGGUAUGGGUAUGGGUAUGGCAAGGGAGAGGAUUUUGGGGGACCGAGGCUGGGCAGUAAGUUUAGUUUUGAUAGUUUGGAUGGGGUGUAA